UCGUCUGAGUUUAAAACCCUGCCAGAAAUGUUUCUGUGAAUGAUUCUGGUUGGUUUAGGUCGUAACCAGUUAAAAACGUCUGUGCUUUUCUAUACAAAGACACAGGUGCCAGUGAGGGACAGCUGGACUCUGCCUGCGAUCCACAGGAGACGAGCAAACUAGAUUACACUGCCGUCGAAGAAGAGGAACCACAGCUGAUCCACAUUAAACAGGAGGUCGUUGAUCCUCAAGUGGAACUCGGACAUCUCUCCCAAGAGAACAGCGUUCCUCUAUACCGCGAGAACGCUGAUCCUGAGUCUGCACAAAGCAGUGGCGCCCCCUGUGGACUGGAGUCCACAUUCCAGGUACCACCGGCUGUGUUCUCGAGCUCUGUAAAAGCAGAGACGGCACCAGAAAUGCUUUACGAGGACGGGGCAGAGAUGGGGCCAACCGAGGGGGAUCCUCCCUUCACCCAGACAGUGCAGACGAGAGACGCUGUACAGAAGGGGGGCCAUGAGGAGGAGGAGGAGGAGGGAGCAGCGAUGGUCUCGACUGGCAGUAUGGCGUGUGAGUCCCAACAAGACCUGGAGUCCCACCACUGCCCUCACUGCGGAACCUUCUGCACAGAGAAGUGGUACCUGGAGGUGCACCUAAAAACGGCGCACCAGGAAUACUACAGCCAGCAGGGCGCGUUUCCCUCACCGGUGGCAGCAGCCAGCGAUCACUUCUCGGGGUCCGCCAGGGAUAACGAAACCUCUCUCCAGUGUGGUGACUGUGGAAAGAAAUUCAAUUACCUGGGGAACCUGAGACAACACCAGCGAAUUCACACGGGAGAGAAGCCGUACCACUGCAGUGACUGUGGGAAGUGCUUCAGGCACGCGGGACAGUUCAAGGCGCACAAGAGAAUCCAUUCGGGAGAGACUCCCUAUUCCUGCGUGGAGUGUGGGAAGAGUUUCACCGUGUUCUCCACCUUGAAGAGACACCAGCGCAUCCACACUGGAGAAGCCCCCUAUCUGUGCACUCACUGCGGGAAGAGAUUCAAAGAGCAGUGCAAUCUGAACACCCAUCGGAGGAUCCACACCGGGGAGACCCCGUACCAGUGCACUGACUGCGGGAGAAGGUUCAGACACCUGAGCACCUUCAAAUCUCACCGCAGGACGCACUCGGAGCUGUACUGAGCCCUCUGUCCUGACAAGCCACCUACAUCUGCGGCCAAAAACCCUGCAUCUCCUAGAAUUUUAGGAUUGAGACAUAGCAAACUGUACGAACAUAAUUCUGAUAUUUUAUUUAACAAAAUUACGUUGCUUAAGUCUACCAGAAGCCAUAACAGUAGUAUUUCAUGUUAGAUUUUCAAAUUUUUAGAAUCACUUUUUCAUUAAGUCUAUGGGAAAACUACAAAGCAGUGUGCAAUUGAAUAUUUUAAGGUAACAUUGUUCAGCAGCUUUCAUUCGACUUUAUGAAGCAAAAUGAGUUCACUCUGUAGGGUGACGCAUAACUUUUGGCUGUAUGUAUGUUAAACAUUUGUUUCCAGUCGGGAGUCCUGAUUUUUAAAAUCGGUUAAAAGUUUGAGAACGUCUGUUCAGUAAUUGAGAGGGACAGCAGUGUCUGUUGAAGCACGCUGGCUAUCUGAACUAGCUCCCUGACAUACAUGUGUAUAUGCAUUUCUAUAGAUAUAUCAGUAGAUUAUAUAGAGCUGUGUCACAGCAGUGUAGCUACACAAAUACACAUGUACUAAACCAGAGGACACCUCUGUUAAAGGAGAAACACUCUUGUAUAUCAGUGAAAUGUAACCGUUACCCUUGCGUUGUUGCCUUUUCCUCCCUGUGCGAUUUUAAAACUCAUUGGUAAAUGUGCAGUGCAAUAAACAAGG